AAUAUUAGAUUAAAUAUUCGUGAUUCUUAUUACAUUUAUUUCAAUUAUUUCUUUCCUAAUGUAAACAAAAAUUAAGGAAAGGGAUUACCCUUUGCAUGUUUAACAGCUGUUUAAACUCAAUCGACGAAAGGCUUAUAUCUCGGUUAUUGCAUUUUCAGAAUUUCUUGUAUUACUUUGUUUAGUUCCGGAGCGGUAAUAACUCUUACUGCAUCUUUUGAUUAAGCAUAACAGUAAACUUUUAGUUUAAAUUAAAUUAUUACUGGACACUUGUUUAAUUUAAUGCUUUGGACUUGAUGCUAUGGAAGAUAAAUAUUCAUUAGGAAAUUGAAAUGAUGCUUAAUUGACAAAUAUUGACUGCGAUGCUCAAAAGAAAAAAAACAUCAGACGAACUUCAUGCGAGCGAAGAAUUCUUAAUAUCGGAGAAUAUACAAACGCCAUUUCAGAAUAAAAAUGAUACUAGCGAGUUGAAAAUCGAUUGUUGGAGACCCUUUUUGGGAACUUUUUAUACAUUUAUGACCAGCCUAACUAUUCUAUUUUCAAAUGUAUUAGUAAAGAAACUGACAUACAUUGACACAGGGCAGCUCUCAUUGGUUAGAAAUAUUUGUGUGCUAAUUGGCAAUCUUCCGAUAGCUAUUUAUUGUACAGAGAACAUUUUUGGUCCGAAAGAGUACAUUUGGUUGCUGAUUGCAAGAGGCAUUUUUGGAUCAACUGGUUUGUAUCUUAACCUGUUGUCUUACAGGUUUUUACCAUUCACAGAAUCUUCAAUAAUACUGUCCACACUUCCCGCACUUGUCACGGUGGCUGCUCGAUUACAUCUUAAAGAACCAUGUGGCUCUGCUCAAACGGUGUCCAUAAUAUUAAUAUUUCUUGGUGUCCUUGUGUCUAUUCGAUUACCAGAAGUACUACAAACUCGGUCAAGCACUAACUUUGAUAGUCAUUACGUCUUUGGCCUAAGCUGUGCUGUGGGCUGUGUACUACUUUUAGCAUUCAUAACGAUAUCAAUCCGAAAGCUGCGAAACAUACACUUCUCGAUAGUUUUGAUUUACUUUGGUUUUCUAGGAACCAUUGAAAACACUGUGAUAACAUAUUUUACGGCUAAGUUUGAGUUACCAUAUUGUGAAGGCCCUGAUAGAAUGGAAGUAUUGCUUGUUGGUAUUUUUGGGUUUAUGGGUCACUGCUUUCUCACAUUAGCACUUCAAAAUGAGACUGCUGGUGUUGUUAGCUCAAUGAAAGCAGCUUUUGACAUAGUUAUUUCUAUCAUAUUUGAAUUUGUAUUUUUUAAUUCCAUUCCCGACUAUUAUACUCUUGGAAGUAGUCUUUUGGUGACAAUAGCUAUUGUCACACUGGGUGUUUGGAAAUGGUUGCAAACUGGACAAGAAAAUUCUACUUAAAAGACACUAACUUGACACUACUUAAAAAAUGUGUUCAAGUGAGUUUCGAUUAGCCGGUAUUACUUUAUCCGGGAAAGCUAAGACACUUACUCUAUAAGAGGCAGUUUUGUAAUUCAGUUCUUCUCUACACUAUAUGCACUUUAAACACUUUCGCAUUGCAGCCUAUAGAGUUACAAGAGCAUAAUUUUCCUUAUCAUCUGAUCUCUAAUUUUUAGAAUCUCUCUUUUAGUUCUAUCUCUAAUCUAGAAUCUCUAUUAUCUCUACUAUCUACAUCUAGAAUCUCUAAUUUUUAUAAUUUUUAGAAUCUCUCCUUUCUCCAAUGUCAAAAUAUGAGCUUACUUCAUAAAAAUUCAAGGUAUUCUCGCUACAGCCUACUGCGAGCUAUGGGGAAAUGGAGGUUAAAGCUUUUCAAUUUCAAGACCAACCGCUUGAUUGUAGUAAUGCCGUUAGAACUACUCACGGGCUACCUUUACUUUUCAGACAAGCUGGUACCAAUCUAUCUGAAAUUGGGCUUCAAGCCGCUACUGAUAAUCAAACCACAGUUCUGAGCUUACUACAUAGUAUCACCAAAAUUCUCUCCCCAUUUGACUAAAUGGCUGACAGAACUGCUUUUUAUUCCCACUGACUCAAUAGAGGACAAUGGCACUAUCUAAUCAAGAUCUAAUCAACAUUAACAGUGCUGAAAUGAUGGUAAAAUUUACUCCGAAGUAAAAAGUUUGCGUUGCCUGAACUUUCACCUGCAUUGCUUCAACAACUCGGCGAAGAGCAGUGCUUAGGGAUGGCGAACUGCACGAUAGCCCAGACAAAGAUUGAAGAAGAUUAAUUAAAUUCGUUAAUUAAUUCAAGUUCAUUAAAUUUUAAAAUUAUAAGAA